ACAUACACCUACCUCAAAUCAGACUGACAGGCACUAGCAAGCCACCACAAGGGCAGCACAGGAAACCAGUCCGGGUGCCCACUGACAAGCCUUUGAUGAGAGGACUCAUCCUGUCACCGUCUAAAAGCUUCUGUUCUUUCCAUAAGAAUACGGCAUAUUUACUUUUUUAAACGCUAUUAGCUAGCCGCUACUGCUGUGAUAACCGUCACCCUGCCCGAACGCCGGAAUGGCGUUCAUGGAGAAACCGUCGGCUGGGAAGAUCCUGCUGGACGACACCGUGGCGCUGACAGCAGUGAUCGAAGCGAGCCAGAGUCUGCACUCCCACACAGAAUACAUUAUUCGUGUUCAGAGGGGAGUCUCUUCAGAAAACAGCUGGCAGGUCAUAAGGAGAUACAGUGACUUCGACAUGCUGAACAAUAGUUUAUUGAUCUCUGGCAUCAACCUGCCCCUUCCGCCCAAGAAACUGAUUGGGAACAUGGACAGAGAGUUCAUCGCGGAGAGGCAGAAAGGCCUGCAGACGUAUCUGAACUUCAUCACGACACACCACAUCCUAUCCAGUUGUGAGCUGGUCAAGAAGUUCCUCGAUCCAAACAAUUACUCUGCCAACUACACAGAAAUAGCCUUGCAGCAAGUUUCCAUGUUCUUCCGGUCUGACCCCAAGUGGGAGGUGGUGGAGCCACUGAAGGACAUAGGCUGGAGAAUACGAAAGAAAUACUUUUUAAUCAAAAACAAAGAUCAACCCAAGGAACGGCAAGUCUUAAGCUGGGUAGACCUGGGUCCUGAUAAAUUCCUUUCUGACAAAGAUCUGCAGUCUGCCAUAAAGCUUCUCCCCACGGUAUCAAAUUCUUAUAUUUGCCCAGUCACCUUUGCCACCACCAGCGAGUCCUCUGCACUAGUGAUCAGGAUGUUCAAUGAAAAAGGCACACUGAGAGAUCACAUAUGUAAGGUAAAGCCAAAAGAACCUUUCCUGAAGAAGUACUGUAACCCUAAGAAAAUCCAAGGUCUGGACCUCCAGCAAAUCCGAACGUAUGGAAGGCAGAUCUUAGAGGUCCUUAAAUUUCUUCACGACAAAGGAUUUCCCUAUGGACAUCUCCACGCAUCCAAUAUCCUGUUAGAAGAUGACACAUGCAAACUUCUGGACAUAGAGAACUCUUUGCUCGGACUUCCCUCAUACUACAGACCCUAUGUAGCACAGUUCAGGAAGAUCAAUACAACAGAGAGCAUUGAUGUGUAUGCCUUCGGACACUUGUUGUAUGAAAUGGCAUAUGGGAGACCUCCAGAUGCUGUUCCAGUUGAUCACUACCCGCCUGCUCCAUCCACCUCUGUGGUGUCUGUUCUGCAGUCUAUCCUGACCACUGAAGCUUGUAAAAGUGGGAUGCCCACAGUUGCCCAACUCUUGCAGACACCACUGUUUAGCGAUGUACAGCUGCUAAACUCAGAGAAGCUCCAGUUCAAGAUCACCACCAAAUUAAAGGAUGCCUUGAAAAUUGCCAAAGAGUGUUUGGAGAAACGACUGCAAGAAGAACAGAAAAUGAUCCACCAGCACAGAAGGCUGACCCGGGCUCAAUCUCACCAUGGAUCAGAGGAGGAGAAAAAGAGGAGGAAGAUCCUGGCUAGGAAGAAAUCCAGGCAGUCGGCUUAUGAAAAUGAAGAAGACCUUUCUGCAAAAUAUAACAACAAUUCUGGCUCGGGAGCCAGCUCCCCCCCAACAUCUCCCUCCUCCCCAACUCCUCCACCCACAACAGGAAUCCCGCCACCACCCCCUCCUCCACCACCAAGUGAGCCUGCCCAGGUCCCGACACCCCCGCCACCAUCUGUGAAUGGUGUGGGCCGAGGCGCCUUGCUCAAUUCAAUCCAGACCUUCAGCAAAGGAAAACUGAAGAAAGCGGAGACCAACGACCGCAGCAACCCCUGUUUGUGAGGGACUCAUUAAUUCACUGCUCUUUACUUUUUUUUCCCAUGCAGACGUGGUUGUUUCUAUUUUUGAUUUUAUGUCUCAUGUUUGAUAUGGGCUUUUAGAGCAACCACUUUUAUUUAAUUUGGCUACAGAUAGAUGCUUUUGUUAGAGUGUGGAGUGUCAUGGGUUGUUUUCCCCUCUGGUUACUUAUGCCUCAUCCACACUGGCCACCUUCAAGUGUGCCUGGCCUGUACCACGUCGGCUCAGAACCUUUCAGAAUGACAGUUUGCAUUUUCAUUAAAUUUUUGCAAGUAUACCUGACCUUGCAUCAAUUCCAGCAGCUACCAGUGCUCAGCUGCCCCUCACUCAGCUUAUACAUGACAAGUGUUAAUACAGCACUUGAACAUUACAGUUUACUUUGUGAGUGCAUGCUGUUUACCUUUCUUAUGUAAGCUAGCUUGAAUAACAAAGAAACCUAGAAACUGGAGACAAAUGGCUAGUUUCCACCAGCCACAUUUAACUGUUGGAUUCAUCUAAAAAUACAUGAUCUUGAGGUGCCGUUAUUAUUUCUUCCCUACCACUCAUUCUGAUAUACAACGCUAGUAAAGGAACACCUGUCAAUUAGCUAACAAAAAAAUAGCCCCUGGUGACUUAGCUUACCAGCUGUGUACCUACCUAGAACAAUAGUUUGACUCUCCAUAUUUUAAUAUCCUUUCACAUUACUUGGUCUGUGAUGCAAUGAUAGAUCUCUUUUCCUGUGUUGCUGCCUAACUAAACAGCGUGCAAAAAACGUAAGAUCACACUAUUUAUAUGCCAUUGACAUGGCUACUUCCUCCUUUGUAAGGUCCACAAACAUGACAAACAUUUUACAAACACACCGUAGCCGCUAGGUCUCAGCUGGCCAUAAUUGGAAACCCUCUUUUUAGCAUGGUGAUCAUCCAGCUAUAGUUGAAUGUGGCAGAUGAAAACGAGCCAAAAGUGAUACGCUCCUUUUUGUCUUCAUAAUUUGUGGACACUUCUGAAGGGUGACAGCAAUUCAUUAUAGGCAAAGGUCAUGCAGGUGCUGUCUAGCAAUAAUAUGUUCAUUUAAAAAGGCUGACAUCUGCUUGUUUGAGGAAAUCAAGGUUUUCAUGUUAGGUGAUUAGGUUCAGGUUUUCCUACUGUGUGAGGCUCAUAACUCUUCUGCUUAGCAUUCAGCUACUCAAUGUACCUCUAGCUCAGUUCCCUGUCUAAAGACCCAACAGCAGCACACCCACCAAAUACCACCAAUUAGUAAUGAGCUCUGUGCAUUUUCAAAUGGUCGAGGAAGUGUGCUUCAUUAUAAUAGCUUACAAAAAUCUAAUUUUGAAAAAAAUAAGCUUUGCAGUUAUCAGAUUAAAUGCCUGACACUUUCCCCUGUUUUAUAACUGUUUCACAGAAUAGCAUAAUGUAGUAUUUAUUGACUGUUAAUGGGUGCCAUAUUGUCCAGGUACAAUUCAUAUUCAUAAAUAUUUUAAGUUUUUCAGAAAAAGUCAAUGAGCAUUUGAAAAUGACCUUUCAGUGAAUGUAUACAUUUGGACAUAUCAAGCAAGCACCAAGUCAAUGGCCCUUUCAAAGAUGAUUAAUAAAAGAUGAAUGAAUGCUUGAUACGAAAUACCAAACACCUCUCAUAGUCACAUUGUAAGUACCUCAUCGAUAGAUCAGUCUCCUGUUUUUUUUUUUUUUCCUGAUUUCAUAUUUUGUCAUUUUUAACUUGGUAUGCUUUUCUGAGGCAUGAGGGAUAAUGCAGAUAUGUUGUGUUUAUUUGGAGUGCUUUCAUUUGUGCCACAUUUACCUUUGCCUAUAAUAUAUUUUCUCAAGGGUCAGUUAUGUCACUGUUUGCUGUGGUUAAGAUCCCUGUUAAGAACACUUUCAGUAAAGUGUAGGUAAUUGACCCAGGAAGUUUUGUGUGAUUACUGUGCAGGACAAGAAAGACCAAUAUGCACUGCUGUCCUCUCAGACCAUCUUGGACCCUAAUUUUCAUUAUAAAAGCACCAGAAGGACCAGCAUCUUAGAAAACAUGUUAGAAAGCUAGAACCGGAAAUCUUUUCAUAAAUUUUAUUUUCAAAAUACGCCAAAAGCUCUUUGUAGUGAUUUUUGUACAAUUAACAUACAGCACCAGCAGACAAAAUUUGCCUCUCUUUUACUAAAUCACUAACAUAUUUCAUUUUACUGUUCUUGGGCAUUGGGCAUGUCCCUUCAACAGCUGACAAGAAAGUUUUAAGGAGGGUGUGAAAAUUUUUUAAAUACAGACACUUGAUAUGUACUACAAAGAACAGGGUGUGUAGUGACUACCUGCUGACUUCCUCCUGACAUUCUUUCACAACCACUAUCUCUGAAAAGCACUUGAGUUAUGCAUCCUCACACACCAUUCAAAAAGACCUCCAUGAUGUGUUGUUGUUCUGGAAAAUUUCCAUUGUGUGAAUUCUUCAGUGCUCCUGUAUACUGGAUGCAUGUUCUAAUUUGAAUACUUUUCCUGUUACUGGAAAUGAAAAUGCAGGAAGUGUAUGCUUUGUCCCAUUCAGAAAUAUAUCAAUUUUGCAAUUAUUAUUUUUAAAUCAAGACUUCUCGCACAUUUCAGAGCUUGGUAAGCUCUCUCCCUACUAAACAUAUGAUUACAUGGUUUAGGGUCAGCUGUUAAAAAGUUAGUAGAAAGGAGAAGAUCCUAGAUUAUGUUGUCUUCAGAUUGUGUUGCAAGAGAGUUUUAUCAUGUUUCUUUACGUUUUCAAAAUGCUUGCUAAUUUAAAUAUUUCAAAUCCAACUCUCACAAAGCAGAAAGUGUGUUCUGUGUAAAAAGACUGUACAAAUAAGUCUCUCUUGUAAUGCAUUUAUAUAACUGAACAGUGUGUGUUUUUCAAUAUACGUGAUGUAUGAAAAACUUUCAGCAACAAUUGGCAACUUGGCAAUCCAAAUUGGAAGAAAAUGUGAUUGCAUUUAUAGUUCAUGACUGUUCAUUUGAAAAAUAUGCUUUGCUCUCUGUGGGAUUUAAAAUUAAAUUCACCUAGACUCACGUAUAUUUUCAUUGAUUGCUAAUUCAGCUAACAGCAAAGUAAGUACAAUUAUUUGGUGAUACUUGCACAGAGUGGCUAUAGUAGCACUUUAAUCUCUACAAAAGUUUCAAGUUUAUUUUCCAGAUCUGAGAGAGAAUUGGAAGUACUUUUUGUUGUUUUAUUUUUUUUAGUUGAGACAGGCUUUUUUCCUUUUCCAGACUGGUUCUGUAGCUGCUUUUUAAAGUCUUAUUUGAUGGUGUUUUACUUGCCUACAAUGUUACAAAGUGAAAUAAUUGUGAAAACAAAGACCCUCCUAUUUAUUGUGAGAAACAGUCUUGAUGCGUCUUUAGAUUUUGUCUGUUAAGGCUGGCAGCCAUACAUCAAAAAAAUGAAUGUGCUGUGCUGUCUUGAUGGUUAGUGUACACCUCCUAAUGUUGUAUAUAGUGAGGAGUUAGCAGCCAUGUAAUAUGCAACCAAGUAAUAACCUGGAAUUUUCUUGAUUUGCAUACCACUGCCCUGUUUGGUUCGCCUCUUGUUUGCACUGUUGAAUUUUGAAAAAAGGUGUCUAUGUACAAAAUGAAGACUGCUGACACCUGUGAGCCUUUAUUACCUAAUAACUGGCAUGUAUACAAAGGUCACUUACAUUUUUAAAGGUAAAUCAGCACUUUAGCAUGAACUUCCCAGACCCUCAACAAAUUUGUUUGCUUUCAGAUGCAGCAUUUAGUUUUUGUGACUUGGUUUACAAUUUUCUGAGCAUAUAAAUAAACUGUACUUUUUUGCUGAUGAAGGAAGGCAGGGGUUUGCUUCACCAUUGAGAUAUUUUCAUUGCCUGCCUCUUGUUUUAACCUUUAUCCAACUAAAUAAAUUAUUUGUUUAAAUGUAACUAAUACUAAAUGCAAUUUAUGUAAUAGUUUCAUGUGGUGUGUUCUUUCCUUUUUUAAGUGGCUCAACUAGUUUUAUCCACUGUCAGAAAACAAAACCAUACAAAUCUUAUAAUUAUGAC